AUGAUUCAUACGACUUUACCACCGCACGCUCCUCCAACAGAAAGUACAAGAGGUGGUAUAUACCACCCUACACUUCAAGAAAUACAAAAAGAUUCGAUUUCUUUACUGGCUCAAGAAUAUUGGCUAUCAAAAGAUCCUGAUACGCGAGAAUGGUUACCCAAUGUAGUUGAAGAUAUUUAUUUUAAAGAAUUGGAAAAUAAUCGGUUUGAAACUAAAAAAUUAAUGUUGCUCGAGUUCAGUCAAUACUUGGAAAAGUAUCUUUGGCCAAAUUUUGAUGGUGAAAAUGCAUCUUUGGCUCAUGUUUUAUCCAUAGUUUUAAUGGUUAAUGAAAAAUUCAGAGAGCGCGUGUCCGCUUGGGAUUGUUUCGCGAGCAGACCUGAUCAAUUCAAUUCUUUUUUCAUACAUGUACUUCGUUUGACUGUGCCUCCAUUAUCGGAUAAACUUACUUUUCAAGUUAGGCGUUUCCUUUUAAUCUUCUUGAUUCAUGCUUUCCAAAGCUUGGAAAACCAAUUAUUAAGAACUGAAUGCAUGAUUUUAGUAUCACUUGUAACAUGGCAUUGCUUUGGUACUUCAUCGCUCCGUGAGAAAGAAUUCGCUUCUGAUAAAGAUCUUAAAAAAAGGUGGAACGCUUUUGCAAAAAGGUUUAAAAAAGCAGCGGAUAGUGAUGCCAUUGCAUAUUGUGAACGUUUCUUGGAGUUUUUGAUUGACCUUGAAGCACAACUGCCCACAAGAAGAUAUUUCAACACUCUUCUUGAUGAUCAUCAAAUAUUGGUUCUAUGCAAAUUAUCUCCUUUAGUUAAACGUAAAGAAGGAAGUGAGCUUUUUAAGCAGCUUUUAGAGAUAUUAAAGUUUUAUGCUGGUUUCGAAAUUCAUGAUCAUACUGGAUUGGCAUUGACUGAUGAUCAAAUGACAGAAUUACAUUGUAAAAAGCUCAUGUCCUUACAGCAUACUGCAUUCAAGCAUUUUAAGGACUCAUUGCAGUUGUUAGCUCUUUCAAAUUUGUCUGCAAUAGAAACACGGGAAGAUUUAUUAAGUCAUUUUGAACCACUUAAUCAUCAAACUAUAAUACAAUUAUGCGAUCUUUUGAGUAUAAGGACAAAAAAAUUAGCGGAUGAUGAAUUAAAUGAACAUUAUGAUAAAGAUUUUUUAAUAGAAGUCUUGAUUGAAAAAUUUGAAAAAAGAACAAGUCAAAUUGAUGCGAUCAAUGCACUUCCAUUAUAUCCUGAUGAGAAUGCUCUUUUUGAUGACGCGGUAGUGAAAACUCAAUUUUAUUCCGGUGAUACUCCACUGGCUCUUCCAAAACUUAAUCUACAAUUCCUUACUAUUCAUGAUUAUUUGUUGAGGAACUUUAAUUUAUUUCGAUUGGAAAGCACUUAUGAAAUUCGACAAGACAUUGAAGAUGUUGUCAAGCGAUUGGCUCCAAGAAUAACAUAUCCAUCUGGUAGAACUGAAUUCACUGGUUGGGCUCGCAUGGCAAUAGAAAUUGAGCGAUUUAAUAUUGUAGAAGUUUCAAAGCCAAAUCUUGGUGAAGAUAAACCUUCUCAAGUUAAAGCCGAUGUGACUUUUAACAUUGGUCGUUAUACUGAUUCUAUUCAGAAUGAAUGGGAUUCUUUAAGGCAGCAUGAUGUAUUAUUUUUGCUUACAAUUCAAGCUCACGAUGGUACUGCGGAUAAAUAUCGCGAUGACAUACCAUUCAGAUCGCAUUUUGGCUUAAAGUAUGUUAGAGGAUGCGAAAUAGUUGAGAUUAUUGGCGAUGAUGGUAAACCAAUUGAAGAAGCAAGUAAGCCAAAUGUAGAAGAAAAGACAAAAAUUUCGGGAAAUUUGAGAACCCUUCGCGUAUUGUUGGAUCCAAAUCAAUAUAAAAUUGAUAUGAACAGGUUCUCAAAUACCAAAGAAGAGGAUGUAUAUGAAACAUUUAACGUAUUAAUGAGAAGAAAGCCAAAAGAAAAUAAUUUUAAAGCUGUGCUUGAAACGAUUCGUGACCUGAUGCAGAGUGAAUUGGUUGUACCAGAUUGGUUACAUAAUAUUUUUUUGGGUUAUGGCCUUCCUGGUAGUGCUCAUUAUACUAUGAUGCCAAACCUUCCUAAAGAAAUUGACUUUCGAGAUACAUUUUUAGAUUAUGAUCACCUGGUCGAAAGCUUUCCUGGAAAGGAAAUAGUUCCAAUGGAAGGUUACGAAGCGCCAUUUCCUCCUCCAUAUGUUCUUCAAUUUCCUGAAUCUUUGAAUGCCAACAAUUCAACUGAUUCUUCUGAUUCAAAACAAGAUGAGAAUACGAUCAUGGUACGUACAUACAGUAUACCAAAUAUGGGGCCUUAUCCCUUCAAUCUACCAAGAAAAAACACAAUAAGGUUUACUCCAGCUCAAGUGGAAGCAAUUAAGUCAGGAACAAAUCCAGGUUUAACAUUGAUAGUUGGUCCACCGGGUACUGGCAAAACAGAUGUGGCCGUUCAAAUUAUUGCCAAUCUUUACAACAAUUUUCCCGAUCAGCAUACAUUACUGGUUACUCAUAGCAAUCAAGCUUUGAAUCAGUUGUUUGAAAAGAUAAUGGCACUUGAUGUCGACGAGCGUCAUUUACUUCGCUUAGGUCAUGGUGAAGAAGAAUUAAAUACUGAAUUGAGUUUCAGUAAAUAUGGUCGUGUUAACUCAUUUUUGGAGAAACGACUUGCUCUGCUUUCUGAAGUAGAUCGUCUUUCUCAGUCAUUAGAAAUUGGUGGUGAGCAUGGAUACACAUGUGAAACUGCUGGAUACUUUUAUUUGUAUCACGUUUUAUCAAGAUGGGAACCUUAUAUAGAUAAAUGUAGACAAGGAUUAGAAAAUGGCAAUGUUGGAGUAGAGAUAAUAAGAAAUGAAUUUCCUUUUAGUAAUUACUUUCACAACGCUCCACAACCACUUUUUCCGGAAGAUGCUGAUUAUGCUGAGACGCUAGAGAUUGCUGAGGGGUGCUUUCGGCAUAUUGAAAAAAUUUUUACAGAACUUGAAGAAAUUCGUGGAUUCGAAUUAUUGCGAACAAGUUAUGAUAGAGCUAAUUAUUUAUUAACUAAGGAAGCCAAAAUAAUUGCAAUGACUUGCACACAUGCAGCACUCAAGCGACGUGAGUUAUCUUUAUUGGCAUUCAAAUAUGACAAUGUCGUGAUGGAAGAAGCGGCCCAAAUAUUAGAAGUGGAGACUUUUAUUCCUUUACUUUUACAAGAAACUGAAGACGGCCGAAGCAGACUAAAGAGAGUAGUGAUGAUUGGAGAUCAUAAUCAAUUGCCCCCUGUUGUGAAAAAUAUGGCAUUCCAGCAAUAUGGUAAUAUGGAACAGAGUCUAUUUACUCGAUUCGUCAGACUCGGAGUUCCUACUAUUGAUUUAGAUUCACAGGGUCGUUCACGACCAUCAAUCGCGAAAUUGUAUAAUUGGCGAUAUAAAGAUUUGGGAGAUCUACCGUCUGUUACUGAACAGGAAGAAUACAAAUAUGCAAAUUCUGGUUUUACCUACGAUUAUCAAGUGAUAAAUGUCGACAACUAUAUGAGCAAAGGUGAAACCGAGCCCGUUCCGUAUUUCUAUCAGAAUCUUGGUGAAGCAGAAUUCAUUGUUGCGGUGUAUCAAUAUAUGCGAUUGUUGGGGUACCCGUCCGAUAAAAUUUCUAUUUUGACCACGUAUAACGGACAAAAAGCUUUAAUAAGAGACGUAUUAAAACAACGAUGUUCUUGGAAUCCUUUAUUUGGUCGUCCUGCUAAAGUGACCACCGUUGAUAAAUUUCAAGGACAGCAGAAUGACUAUAUUCUUUUGUCUUUGGUACGAACAAAGUCUGUUGGACAUAUUCGAGAUGUAAGACGUCUUAUUGUGGCAAUGUCUCGUGCUCGAUUGGGAUUAUAUGUUUUUUGUCGCCUCGCUUUAUUUAAAAAUUGUUAUGAAUUGACACCGACAUUCGACGAACUGUUAAAACGUCCUACUAAAUUGAAUCUGAAAAUUAACGAGAUGUGGCCUUCAAAGAGAGAUAUUGAGGAUUAUGGUGAACCAUAUGAAAUAGCUGACGUAGAACAUAUUGGGAAAUAUGUAUAUCAAAUGAUGCAAGAACAAUUGGCCUAUGCUAAACAACAAAAAGCGGAAGAUGAAUCUAGCGAACCAAACGAUUCAGAAUAA